GCAUGUGUUAUAGCUCGCUUCCGCUGGUGAAAGGAACUCAAGUGGGUCGUGCUGUGGUCUUUUGCAGAAAGGAGACAGAAGCGCCGAGAAAUUUUUACUGAAACCGAAAAGGAAUCGUCUACACAACCGGCCGCGGAACUCAGAGAUGUCGCACACAAUUUUGCUAGUCCAGCCUACCAAGAGGCCAGAAGGCAGGACGUAUGCAGAUUAUGAAUCUGUUAACGAGUGCAUGGAAGGUGUCUGCAAGAUGUACGAAGAGCAUUUGAAGAGGAUGAAUCCCAACAGCCCGUCCAUUACGUACGAUAUCAGCCAGCUGUUUGAUUUCAUCGACGACCUUGCUGAUCUCAGCUGCCUUGUAUACCGGGCAGACACUCAGACAUACCAGCCCUACAACAAGGAUUGGAUUAAAGAGAAGAUCUAUGUGCUGCUGCGUCGCCAAGCCCAGCAGGCAGGCAAAUAGAGCUGGAACCAGGGGGGGGUUGGCGGCGGGGGUGUUUGUAUUAUAGUAGCUCAGCAUUCAUUGAGUUCUUGACUAAUUCAGUGAAAUUAUGUUUGAGUGGGGGUGGGGUUGUUUUGUUUUAAAAAAUAAAUAAAUAACUACUUAUCAGUUGCCCCUGAAUGAAAUGUCUUUUCGAAAGUUUUGACUAGACCUAAUUUAGUUUCUGAUGGAACAGAGGACAGGCAUCCCUGGUCCUGUGGGGCUGUUCUGCUUGUGGUUUAAUAGUUGUAAUUAAAAUGCUUGAGGCGCUGGUUGGAGGUUUAUUUCCUCUAAUUUUAUUAAGACCUGGAUUAGAAGGUCCCAGGCUACAUAGCCCUGUGCUGAUGGGGUUUUCAUUGUUGUAAUGCAGCAGUUCCAUCAGGUGGCACUUGCUAGAAGUGUUUCUUUACUUGAUCUGCCUAGACUUGUAUGUAUUUUCUUUUCUUCUUUUCUAUAGAUCUUUCUGCUAGGUUACCACUCAUUACAAUUCCUGCAUGCUAUGAACAUGUUUCUGAGUUGGGUUUUGGUAGUAAUUUACUUUAAACAUAUAUUGUACUGUUUGUAACUGUGCACCACUUGUUUGAAGAAAGGUCUCAUAACAAAUGUCAGUGUCGAAUCUGACAGCAAAUCUUUCUUUGCAAUGCAGAUGUUUUAAGUUCUCCUGAAAGAUUGCUUUUUGUAGGUCUUAUGUGAGUGCUCUGUACAAUGACACAUUUUCUUUUUACUGUAUUUUGAGUGAAUAAAAUACCUCUGUUUACCUGUU